CCACAGUGACAAUAAAACACCGUAAACGAUUGAAGGUGGAGGAAAAGUGUGAGAACGAAGGCGAAGAAGAAAGUCAUAGAUGGUAAUCUCACUCUCGCGUUAUUUGCAAUCUUACGUCAUUCCAUGAUGGCUGAAGAUCCCGGCGGAACAUUUUUCAAUUUCUCUGUUAUUUUUCUGUGUUUCUCUUUACUCCCGCUUGCCAUAGAGACAUGGCAGGACUCACAGUCCCGUUAGACGUUUACAGAUCAUUGGUGUUGACAUGCCCAAGAAAGGGAACCGAAAACGGCUGAAAUUUAAAGCCGGGGACGUUUGUUCAGAAUCAGUCACUGUUGCUGAUUAUGCUGAUGCUGACCCAGCCGUUGUGAAGUCCGGCAGGGUGAAAAAGGCUGUUGCAAAUGCAAUUGAAAAAGAAGUAAAAUUACUCUGCGGCCAGGAAGCAUCUCAGGGUGCUGGGGUGGAGGUCCUUUCGUCUGCAGCGGGCGUCGAAGCAGACGCCCUGGACAGCAGUGAUGACUUGGACCCUGAGGAAGAAGGGGAAAAUGAAACUAAAGUUAGUUGCAAAAAGAAAAGCAAGAGGAGAAAGGAAAGCAGUGAGAGCAGUGAUGGGGAGGAUUAUCCAGUGGAUAUUUGGUUAGUGCUUUCCUCCUAUAUUCGGCCUGAAGAUGUGUGCAAAUUUGCAUUGAUCUGCCGGAAUGCUUGGACAGUCACUUGCACUGCAGCUUUCUGGACCAGACUCUACAGAAGACAUUACAGGAUUGACGUUGAACUGCCAUUCCGUCUUCAGCCUGACUCCAUAGUUGCGUGGCGCUGUCUUCGGGCGUGCGUAAUCCGCUCACUCUUCCAUUUGUAUGAGCCAUUCAGUUUACGGGUGUCAAAAAUUCCUGCACUGCCUGAAACCACGCCCACUGCCUUGCUCAGCUGCAAGUGUGCACUAUACUGGGUCAAAAAGGUGUCAGGGACCCGGCCAGAGACACUGUGGGAGUUCAACUUUAAAUUCACGAAGCCGGGACACAGUAAGAAUGGCUGUGCUAAAUCCUUGCACACGCCUAAACCAUAUGAAGAUGUUCACAUGAAUCCAGACUCUGACUGCUAUGUGCUUCAGGUCACCACACUCAACUACAUCCUAACCCCUGUGGUGAUGGGAAUGACACUGUCCCAGUUCAAAAUCAACGUAAGCACGGACAUGCGCCACCACCGCGUUCGUCUGAUAUUCCAGGACUCUCCACUCCAGCGAGGGAAGAGGGCUGAUCAAGGCGGGACCCAGGUGGUGUUGGACCCUGUGCACAGUGUGAGGCUCAUGGACUGGUGGCAUCCACAAUACCCAUCUUUAUCCAACAUAUGAGAAUACCCUCGCCCCAGUACCUCCAACAGCAGACUAAGAACCCCACAUUCCCAAAAUGGGAAGAAUAUUAGUGGAUUGUCUUUAGUGGCACAUAAUUUUGCACAUUUACGUUUUGAUUGUUUUAUGCUUUAAAAAAAAAAAAGCUCUGACUGGCCCAAACAUGUAAUCCAAAUAUGCUCAAAUAUACAUCUGACUGGCCUAAACAUGUAAUCCAAAUAUGCUCAAAUAUAAAUCUGA